CAGGGCAGGUUCUGAGCGCAGGGAACCACAGCAGUGCGCAUUGUGUGCGUGGAAGAUGCGUGUGCUUGUUGCUCCGCGGACGGAGAGAGGCGGCGAAGAAGAGAAAAGGAGUUUCCAGCGCAGCUAACAAUCAACUCCAUCCUCCUGAUUUUUUUCUUCUUCUUUCCAACUUUUCCCUCUCACGGCUGGGAUGACACAUCUGGCUUCACGCUUCUAAUUUUUUUUUUAAUUUUUUUUUAUCUCAUAUUAUUUAUUUUCCUUAUUUUUUAAAAGGCUUUUUUUGUUUGUUUUUAUUGUUCUUGUAGUUGGGUGUGCGCAAAAAAAAAAAAAAAAAGAAAAAGAAAAAAAAGGGACUUUGUCCUAUGUGUCUCCAGCCUCUGACUCAGCGGCAGCAGCAGCGGAGGUGUCGGCACUGCUCACCUGGACCGGAGCGCACCGAGCCGAGCUCGCUCAUGUUCCCCGCAGAGCAGCGCUCCGAUACGGGCGGACGGCUGCUCUGAGGCCCGGAGCGGUGCGGUCUGGUGCGGUCAAGUCCAAACGACGGCGCGGGGUGUGGAGGGGGGAGAAGCAGAAGAGACGCUACAGUUGUGGAUCUUAUACAAUAUCUGCGGCUGUACCAGGAGACAAUCACCAGCAGGAAGAAGCUCUAACCUCCUCCUCUUCAUCUUCUUCUUCUUUUUCUCAACGUGCAGGAUUGAGGGAGAGAGAAAGAGAGAGAGACAGAGAGAAGGGAGAGAGGGAAAGAGAUUUGCAAGCUCCGCUUUCUUUCAUUGCAACUGACUUGUUGAAGGGAUAAUAAUAAUAAUAAAAAACAAAAAAACGGAGAAACAACAAGAAAGAGUGCGUGGAGAGAAGAAGAAAAAGCAUUAAGAUUGGAUAUUGAACGGAGCGGGGCAUGUGGAUAUUGGCUCUUAUCUUUUCCCAGUGCAUCUUGAAUGUUUUCUGUGAAGAUCUACGUUCCAGCUUAUAUUUUGUCAAUGCAUCUGUGCAAGAGGUAGUGUUUGCCAGCACCACAGGGACAUCGGUGCCCUGUCCCGCUGCAGGCGUGCCCCCUGUCUCACUGCGCUGGUACCUGGCCACCGGUGAGGAGAUCUAUGAUGUGCCAGGGAUCCGCCAUGUGCACCCCAAUGGCACCCUUCAGAUCUUCCACAUCCCCCCUUCCAGCUUCAGCAAACUCAUCCACGACAACACUUACUAUUGCACAGCGGAGAACCCCUCAGGGAGAAUCAGGAGCCAAGAUGUCCACAUCAAGGCUGUCCUACGAGAGCCGUACACUGUCCGGGUGGAGGACCAGAAAGCCAUGAGAGGCAAUGUGGCGGUCUUCAAGUGCAUUAUCCCUGCCUCAGUGGAGGCCUACAUCACUGUUGUGUCCUGGGAGAAAGACACAAUGUCAAUCAAUGCUGAAAUGUCACGGUUUCUAAUUACAUCCACGGGUGCCCUGUAUAUCCUGGAUGUGCAAAUGGAAGACGGGCUUUACAACUACAGGUGUAUGACACGACAUCGGUACACAGGAGAGACCCGACAGAGCAAUAGUGCCCGUCUCAUUGUCUCAGAUCCAACCAACUCAGCACCGCACAUACUGGACAGCUUCGAGCGUCGCGAGGUGAUGACGAAUCAUCGAGUGGAGCUGCCCUGCAAGGCCUCAGGUCACCCGGCGCCCAAAUACCGUUGGCUAAAGGACAACCGACCGCUGGAACCAGACACACGCUUUCGACAGAGUGUCACAGGCCUGUUGAUAGAGAGGGCCCAGCCCAGUGACACGGGGGCAUAUGUGUGCGAAGUGUGGAAUGGCUACGGCAAUGCUGAGGUUGUUGGCAGGUUGCACGUAAAAGAACCUCUGAAGGUAACAGUGAGUCCACGGAAGGUGAAAGGCAGCGUGGGAAGCCAGGUUUCCUUGACCUGCAGUGUAACUGGGUCUGAGGAGUAUCAGUUGUCUUGGUACCGCAAUGGAGAGCUCAUUUACCCCAGCAACAGUGUCCGCAUGACAGGCCAAAGCAGAGAGAAUCUGGUUAUGGCUGGAAUGGCCAAGAGCGACGGAGGAGCCUAUCAAUGCUUCGCCAGGCAUGGCAAGAUGUCUGCCCAGGACUUUGUUCAAGUGAUACUGGAAGAUGGCACCCCAAAGAUUCUGGCUUCAUUCAGCGAGAAGGUCUACAACGUCAACGAGUUUGUGUCACUGUCGUGCACGGUGAAGGGCACACCGGAGCCGAGGGUGACGUGGUCGCUGGAUGACGAACCUGUGAUCCGGGACAGUCGGCACCGCAUCUCCUACUACACCAACGGCGAAGGCCACGUGGUCAGCCACCUCAACAUCACCCAGACCCAGGUCCCUGACGGAGGGGUGUACCGCUGCAUCUGCAACAACUCGGCAGGGACGGUUUCCUACCAGGCGCGAAUAAACGUAAGAGGGCCUGCCAGCAUCAGACCAAUGAAAAACCUCACUGCCAUUGCUGGGCGGGACAUGUACAUCCACUGCCGCGUCAUCGGCUACCCUUACUAUUCCAUCAAGUGGUACAAGGACUCCAAUUUGCUGCCGUACAACCACCGGCAGCGGGCCUUUGAGAACAACGGCACCCUGAAGCUGUUUGAUGUGCAGAAGGAUGUGGACGAAGGAGAAUACACGUGUAACGUGCUGGUGCAGCCUCAGCUGUCCACUCACCAGAGCGUCUACGUUACUGUUAAAGUCCCACCUACCAUCCACCCGUUUGAGUUUCCCCGGUUCUCCAUCGGCCAGCGAGUCUUCAUCCCGUGCGUCGUCAUGUCCGGCGACCAGCCCGUCUUCAUCACCUGGCAGAAAGACGGCCGGCCUAUCCCGGCCAGCCUGGGCGUCACCAUCGACAACAUCGACUUCACCAGCUCGCUGCGCAUCUCCAACCUCACGCUGGCCCACAACGGAAACUACACCUGCAUCGCUCGCAACCAGGCUGCUGCUGUGGAGCACCAGAGUCAGCUCAUCGUCCGAGUUCCUCCUAAAUUUGUGGUGCAACCAAAGGACCAGGAUGCCAUCUACGGGAAGGCGGUGAUCCUCAACUGCUCAGCUGAAGGCUAUCCAGUUCCUACCAUCCAGUGGGAAUACUCCAAAGGUGCCGGGGUACCUCAGUUCAAACCCAUCGCCCUCAACUCAGGCUUUCGCAUCGAAGUUCUGGUGAACGGCUCUCUGCUCAUCAAGCAUGUGCUGGAGGAAGACAGCGGCUUCUACCUCUGUCGGGUCAGCAACGACGUCGGGGCCGAUGUUAGCAAGUCCAUGUAUCUGAACGUCAAAAUUCCUGCCAUGAUCACAUCCUACCCAAACACCACGCUGGCCACGCAGGGAGAGGAGAAGAAGAUGAGCUGCACUGCCCACGGAGAAAAACCCAUCAUGGUGCGCUGGGAGAAAGAGGAACGCAUCAUCAACCCGGAGACCAGCCGCUAUGUUGUUUCCGUUAAGGAGGUGGGCGAUGAAGUCAUCUCCACCCUGCAGAUCAUGCCUACAGUGAGGGAGGACUCGGGCUUCUUCUCCUGCCAUGCCAUCAACUCCUUUGGUGAAGACAGAGGAAUCAUUCAGCUCACAGUGCAAGAGCCGCCGGAUCCUCCCGAGGUGGAGAUCAGAGAAGUGAAGGACAGAACCAUUGCGCUGCGAUGGACCAUGGGGUUUGAUGGCAACAGUCCCAUCACAGGCUUUGACAUCGAGAGCAAAAACAAAUCAGCAUCCUGGGACACGGCUCAGAAGACCAAAGACGUCUCGCCUCAGCUGAACCAGGCGACCAUCAUCGACCUCCACCCCUCUUCGACUUACAACAUCCGCAUGUUUGCCAAGAACCUCAUCGGGAAGAGCGAGGCCAGCAACGAGCUCACCAUCACCACAGAUGAAGCAGCUCCCGAUGGUCCUCCUCAAGAAGUGCAGCUGGAAGCCCUCUCCUCUCAGAGCAUCCGGGUCACAUGGAGGCCGCCCAAGAAGCACCUGCAGAACGGGGCGAUCCGCGGCUACCAGGUGGGCUACCGGGAGUACAGCUCCGGGGGGAACUACCAGUUCAGCGUGAUCAGCGUGGAGACGACCGGGGACAACGCAGAGAGCCUGGUCCUGGACAACCUGAAGAAGUUCACCCAGUACGGAGUGGUGGUCCAGGCCAGCAACAGCGCCGGGACCGGGCCGUCUUCCACUGAGGUGGCUGCUACCUCUCUGGAGGACGUGCCGAGCCGUCCUCCUGAGAACGUCCAGGCCGUGGCCACGUCUCCAGAGGUCAUCUCCCUGUCCUGGCUGACUCCUCCCAAAGACGCCCUGAACGGCAACCUGCUGGGCUUCAGGGUCAUCUACUGGGCCAACCUGCCUGAUGGAGAGCUCGGGGAGAUCAGGAACGUCACAACCUCUAAACCCUCACUGGAGCUGGAUGGACUGGAGAAAUACACCAACUACAGCAUCCAGGUGUUGGCCUUCACCAGAGCUGGAGACGGUGUCCGCAGUGAGCAGAUUUACACCCGCACCAAGGAGGACGUUCCUGGUCCUCCAGCUGGUGUGAAAGCUGCAGCUGCAUCCAACUCAGUGGUGUUUGUGUCUUGGCUUCCUCCUCUCAAAGUGAACGGCAUCAUCAGGAAAUACACAGUUUUCUGCUCCAAUCCACACCCUACGGUGAGCAGUGAAUUUGAAGCAGCUCCAGAUGUUUUCUUUUACCGCAUCCCUAACCUGAGCAGGAACCGACAGUACAGCAUCUGGGUGGUGGCCGUCACUGCCGCAGGCCGCGGAAAUGCCAGCGAGAUCAUCACUGUCAAACCCAUGGCUGAAGCUCCGGCUCGAAUCCUGACCUUCAACAGGACAGUCACGACUCCCUGGAUGAGGGACAUUGUGCUCCCCUGUAAGGCAGUCGGUGAUCCGUCCCCAACCAUCAAGUGGCUGAAGGAGAUCAAUGGAACCCCUGCUCCUGUUGUGAUAGACAGCCGGCGGAGUGUCCAUGGAAAUGGCAGCCUUGUUAUUCGCACAGUGAAAGCGGAAGAUUCUGGGAAUUACACUUGUGUGGCCAGCAACAGCUUUGGUUCAGACAAGAUCGUCCUCAACCUGCAGGUUCAAGUUCCACCUGACCAGCCUCGCCUCACCGUCACCAAGACAACCACAACCUCAAUCACCCUCUCUUGGAUCCCAGGAGACAACGGCGGCAGCUCCAUUCGAGGCUACAUCUUGCAGUACUCGGAGGAUAACAGCGAACAGUGGGGUAACUUCGCCAUCAGUCCCAGUGAGCGCUCCUAUCGGCUGGAAAACCUCAAGUGUGGUACCUGGUACAAGUUCACCCUCACGGCCCAGAACGCAGUUGGUCCUGGUCGCAUCAGUGAAAUCAUAGAAGCAAAGACCCACGGCAAAGAGCCUCAAUACUCUAAGGAACAGGAGCUUUUCACCAGCAUCAACGCCACUCGGGUCAAGCUCAACCUCAACGGCUGGAAUAACGGCGGGUGUCCGAUCACCUCCUUUACCCUGGAGUACCGGGCCGUCGAUGCGCCCACCUGGACCACUGCGCAGCGCACGUCCCUUACGAAGAGCUACAUUCUGUACGACCUGCAGGAGGCCACCUGGUAUGAGCUGCAGAUGAAAGUUUCCAACAGUGCUGGCUACGCUGAGAAGAGAGUCAAGUUUGCAACGCUCAGCUACGAUGGCAGUACUAUCGCCCCUUUGGUGAAAGCGCCCAAUGUGAGCGAGGAUACGUCUGGGGGAGGCGAAGGUUUGAAGAUGAUGGUGACUAUUUCCUGUGUGUUGGUGGGGAUCGUUGUAAUCUUCAUUGGGCUGCUGGUUCUGAGGAGGAGAAGGAGGGAGCAGAGGCUCAAGAGGCUGAGAGAUGCGAAAAGUUUGGCUGAAAUGCUCAUGAGUAAAAACACGCGUCCGGCAGAACCAAUUAACAAACAGCAACAGACGCUGCGUAUGCACAUCGACAUCCCCAGAGCCCAGCUCCUCAUUGAGGAGAGGGACACCAUGGAGACUGUUGACGACAGAUCCACUGUGUUGCUGACGGAUAACGACUUCGGAGAGACGCAGAAGCAAAAGUCGUCCACGGUCACCCAUACUGUCCACUACCAGUCCCUCUCCCAAGCCACUGGUCCACUGGUAGAUGUAUCAGAUGCUAGGCCAGGAACCAGUAAGUCCAACCCGACUGCCCGCCGAACAGCCAAAGCCGGCCCAGCUGCCCGCAACCGCUACGCCAGCCAGUGGACUUUGAACCGCCCCCACCCCCCUGUCUCCUCCCACACUCUCAGCACCGACUGGCGGCUGCCAACACCCAGGGUCGCAGGUUCUGUUGACAAGGAGAGCGACAGCUACAGCGUUAGCCCAUCUCAGGACACAGACCGAGCGCGGAGCAGCAUGGUGUCUACAGAGAGCGCCUCUUCAACCUACGAGGAGCUGGCCCGGGCCUACGAGCACGCCAAGAUGGAGGAGCAGCUGCGCCACGCCAAAUUCACCAUCACCGAGUGCUUCAUCUCCGACACUUCCUCGGAGCAGAUGACGGCCGGCACCAACGACUACACCGACAGCCUGACGUCCAGCACGCCGUCCGAGUCGGGCAUCUGCCGCUUCACUGCUUCCCCGCCCAAGCCUCAGGACGUCAGCCGGGUCAUGAACAUGGCCGUGCCCAAGGCCCACAGACCGGGAGGCGAGCUGGUUCACCUUCCUCCAUACCUGCGCAUGGACUUCCUGUUAAACCGGGGCAUGUCCUGCUCGGGCUCCUCCAGGGGGACAGCAGGCGGCGAGAGAGCCGCCAUGGGCCAGACCUGCCUGGAGCCCCAGAAAAGCCGCUCGCUAAAGCGGCCGUCUCGCAUGGCACCGCCCACGCCCACGGAGGCCCCUCAGGCCAGCAGGGACCCGGCGGCCCAGUGGCAGCCCGGCUCGGCGGCCACGCUCCCCCACAGGGAGGGCUCGGAGCUGGCCCAGGCUGCCAAGCUCAGCACCUCACAGGAGUCCCUGCUGGACUCCAGAGGACAUCUGAAACAGAGCAGCAACUCCUACGCAAAGUCCUACACGCUGGUAUAACAGCAGGGGCGCCUGGGGCGGGACUAGAACUCACUCUAACACUGGACUUAACACUCAAGUGCAGCAAACUGACUCUCACCACGCAGUUCUGUAUAUACGUGCCCUCCCUUCAUGGCCUGGGGGGUCACUUUUACUAAUCUCCUUUUAUUGAUUUUAGAGUUUUCUUUUGCAGUUUAUUUGUAUUUUUAUUAUUUUUUGCUUUUGUUUCACCUUGGGAGGAAAAAUUCACUCAUCUGGAACGACUCCAGGAGAAGCUUUGCCAAACUAAUUGAGCAACAAGGGCGCAUUAUUUAUUCUUGGUAAUUCUUUAUUAUUAAUCAGUGAUCAUUAAUUGUUAAUUGCCAGCUAUUAACGAUCAUUAAUUACCAAGUACCAACUGAUCUAUCGUCAGCAUUUCUGCUCUGUUUUUAUAACAUCCAAGACUUUGUUCAUUCCUUUUUUUUUUUUUUUAAGUUUCCUGCAGUGGAACAUGACGAUUUGGAGUCAUUUUUUUUCCUACGGAACGUUUUUCCCCCCCGAGAUGGCGAACAAAACCUCGGAGGGAACAGGGGUGGCGGAGGGGGGGAGGAGAAACCUUGGAAUGAAAAGCAAUUGACACCAGUCCAAACUUUUCAGCUGCUCUCAAAUUGUUACUUUUUUUGAAGAGAAAAGAAAAAAAAAUCUAUUUCCUAUGGAUGCAUGGGGACUGACCAACUAAAAGACAAUGAUUACGGCCGUGGCUGGGUUCUCCAGUCAGGCGUUUUGUCACACUAUGAAAUGAUCCAAUGUGAAGAUUUAUUAUUCUUAUUACUAUAAAUAUAUAUAUAAAAAGAGAAAUCACUUUUAUUUGUGGAUAUUACAGGGAAGAAUUUGAUUUGGUUAAUAAAGUCCUUAGUCAUGUUUGCACAUAUCUUGUUUUAAUUAGGAAAUGGAGUCUCUGUUAAUCUUUCUCUGUGUCCCAUUCUUGAUGGUGCAAUAUGAUAAAAAGAUAAGACAAGUAUAUGAAAACUAUUGAUCUAUACUGUACUGUAAUGAUGAGAAAUAACUAUGUUGUGAGUAUAAAUACAGGGCUGGACGCUCUCCGGCUCAUGUCUUCAGGUGUAGUUUGCCACUGCUUGUUUGCCCCGGUGGUAAAUGAAGUUAGCUAGAACAGGGAGGCUUUAGAGAACUGAGGGUUUGCACUUCAAGUGUGUCCAGAUAGAUCCCCCCCCCCUUGACCUCUGACCCCUUCCCCUCUCCUUACAGUGCACUAGGUAGAGUCGUCGUGGCUCUCUCUCCUCUCAGUAGAUUUACUGUUGCUGCGUUGGCAGCGAUGCUCCUCGACAGGGAAGGUAAGACAUGUGAGACAAUCCAGCAGAAAUCCCCAACGUCAAACCAAACUUCUAAUGUCUAUGGGAAAAAAUAAAUAAAUGAAAAUAAAGAUAAGAAAAAAAUAUGAAUAAUGUGGAUAUACAUAAAGAAACUGUUUUUAAUUGCUGUCUGCCCUGGCCCACUUCUGUUUGUUUCUGUUUUGUUUUGUUUUUGAGUUAGUCUGAAGGGACGGGAGUUUGAUACAAAACGCUGUGAGGUCAUGCUGUCGUUUUCUACGAUUAGUUUCUAUUAUUAACUGUCUUCAUUCUGAUUAUACAUUUUAACAAAAUACAAAAAAAAAAUGUCACUUUUUUUUCUUAUUUUUAACAUUGGUGUUCACCAUGGUGGCACUGGAAUAAAGAGAAACUAACACAAAGGUUCAAAUUUGACUAAUAAAAUGGCUGUUCCCCAAA